CAGCCCCGCAGCCCCGGCGGGCGGACGGAGCCGGGAGCCGCUGCGGCAGCGCCGGAGCCCCGAGCCCGCAGCAUCCUCCCCCACUCAAGAUGACGACGGCCACACCACUGACCAAUAACACUCAGCUCUCAGUGAAUGUGACCACAAAGUCUCAAGAACAAAAUCUCUAUCAAAGUUCUGGAGCAAUAAUUGCUGCCAUCGUGGUGGGGGUAAUUAUUAUCUUCACAGUGGUUCUGCUCAUCCUGAAAACAUACAACAGGCGCAUGCGAGUGCGGCGGGAGCUGGAACCCAAAGCCUCCAAGCUGGCAGUGCCACCUCCCGUGGGGCACAGCAGCCACAGCCUGGCCCAGCAGCCCUCGGUGACCUUCAUCCCUGUGGACAUCCACCUGCAGAGCAGGUAACUGGGAACUGCCUGCCAGAGAAGAGAUGGAAUUGUUAUCCCAAGGACCUGGGACUCCUCAGCAGAGCUGCACUGGGAGCUGCAAGCAGCUGUUAUUCUCUCUGUAAACUGAAAUGAACCUUGGGUUCUUUCUUUGAGAGGAAAAACCAGAGGUCUGGACACUUUUCCUACGACUGAAAUAACAGGUGGAGGUCUAGGAACCAUCAGGAUGGCAGUGAGGCCCAUCCUGGAUAAACCAGGAAGAGAAGAUGCCCACGUUUUGUGGAGCUUUUGCUUCUUCAGAGACUUUGAACCAUCUCUGUUCUGCUGAUGAACUGGAGGAGAAGUCUGGACAAGCCCCAAACUCAGUUUGGACCCAAGUUUGUUACAAGUUACAUGCAGGAGGUUUGUGGCUUAUUUUAUACCUGAUGGGUAGUACAGGAGGUAUCAAAAUUGUAUUUAUCUUCACUCAUACUUCACGUUUCUAAGCUCACAUAUGUACAGGUUGAGGAAAAAAAAUGUUACUUAUUUUCAAGUAUUUUUAAACUCUUUCUAUAAACUCUGUAACUCUCAA